GCUGCUUUGUGUAAUACGGGACAUAGAUCACGAAUGACCAGUGCUGAUGCCCCUGAGGGCUGCAGCCAUUAUGAAGAAUUGGGCAGCUCGGUAUUCUUCUGUCCCGUUCAGCCAGAGCACCUAGAUCGGAUACACAGCUUAGAAGCCACAUCAUACCCUGCUGAUGAAGCUGCAACCUUCGAGAAGCUGAAAUUCCGAAUUGAGUCAGCAUCCAAUGUGUUUCUAGUAGCAAUGCAGUGCCGCGACGGCGAAUCAGACCCUGCUGUUGUUGGCUACGUCUGUGGCACAUGUACCUGCUCUGGCCGUCUGACGCACGACUCCAUGGCGACUCACGAACCUGAUGGCACACUCCUGUGUAUCCAUUCUGUCGUGGUUGAGGAGGGGCUGCGGAGACGGGGCCUGGCAACCCGGAUGCUGCGGGCCUACGCUGCCUACGUGCAGGCCAGCACGCCGCACCUGCGGGGGAUACGGCUCAUCUGCAAGCAGGACCUGAUCCCGCUGUACGACAAGGCAGGGUUUGCGCUGCUGGGGCGCUCGGAUGUCGUACACGGGAAAGACCCAUGGUUCGAGAUGGCGAUGGAGCUGGCUGCCGGUGAUAACUAGUAAGACGCUAACCAGCAGUAGUUGCAGUGCCGUAGUAACAGCAGUAGCUCGGACGUCCCAAUAGCGGAGGACGAUGAUGACGCAAUAGAAACUCAGGCUCCGGCACGCAUGUACAUACAGCGAUACGGGAAUACAAUGAUAGCUCUCAGACACUAGUGCAUCAUGGAGACAAUGGCAGGUAGGGUUUUGCAUGCGUGCGUGCGUGCGCGGCGUGCGUUGGGGCUCUCUUUUGGUGGUUGAUGGUACAGAAGCAUAGCGGCCCAGUGAGGAAAGAUGCACUAGACGAUAUGGACAAAUGGUUGAGAAAACCCGGGGAAAAGCCUGUCGCUUUUAUACCUUUGCAUUUAUGCGGCGGUGCCAUAUUACUAUUGCAGAUUACUGCACUGUUUCCACUAACAGUUGCUGUUAGAGCGUGUUAAGUAACGUCCUAGCGAGCAGGCUUUGCAUGUCGCAGCCCUCGCCCUCCUGACUGGAGAUUGGAGAGGCCAGUUUAGGGAUCGCCGUGACGUGGAGUUCGUACAUAUUUACAAGAAUUUAAUUUUAUUCAUAGAAGUCAUUUUGUUCAUGGACG